UUUCACCCUCCACAAUCCUAUCUUGCCAUGUGCUUGUUUAGACCCAGAAAGGAAUCCACUACGACACGGCUGAACAUCCUUCUCAGCAACGGCCGUUUCCCAGUGUCCAUUGACCUCGCGCGGCAGCUCAAGCUAGCGGGUCACAAUGUCUACGUUGUGGACCCGAUGCAUUACCACGUGUGCAAGUUCUCCAACUCGGUGGUGAAAAGCUACUGGGUGCCUGCCCCGCACGUCGACGCGGAGGGGUACACGGAGGGCGUGCGGCGAGCGGUGGAGGAUGCGAAUAUAGACCUGAUAAUACCGAUGCACGAGGAGCUAUUCCACCUGGCCGAGCAGACCUCCGACGUCAGCGAUGAGAACGGCCAGAUCGUGCGGAAACGGUUGUUCGCGCCGUCCUUCCAGACGCUGGUACGUCUGCACAACAAGUGGGAGUUCAGCCUGUUCCUGAGAAGAACUGGCUGCGACGCCCCCCGCGCAUGGCUGUGCCGAAGCAUGGACGACGUGCGAGCGCUACCCCACAGGGAGAUGGAACUAGCGCUGAAGCCGGUUUACGGACGGGCAGCGAAGGACGUCCACCAUUUAAAGCCCGACACCCCGUUACCGGAUAGGGUCGACGUCGGUCCGGAGAACGAGUACAUCGCGCAGGAGUGGAUCACCGGGAAUAGGUAUUGCUCGUACUCCGUCUUGCGGGACGGGAGGGUGUUCGCAUUCAGCGUGUACCCCGUCGUAGAUACCAUCGACGAGUCCUCGUGCGUUUACUUUCAAUCGACCGAGCACGCUGGCAUCCGCGCUUACGUUGAGCGAAUAGCGGACGCGCUUCCGGGCGUGAACGGACAAAUUGCGUUCGACUUUAUAGAGACGGAUGAUCGACUCGUCGCUAUCGAGUGCAACCCCCGCGCCACGUCCGGCAUACACCUCUGGUCCGGGACUCCCGAUCUUGCCCACUCGUUCACCCGGUCUUCGCCCGCGGUGGCCAGGCCAGGCGCGAGGAGACAGCUUAUUCCUGGAAUGCUCAUGUGGUCGAAGAAGGGCGCGGGGCUGGGGGAGUACCUGAGGCAUAUGAAGAGGCUUAUGGGGACCAAGGAUGUCAUGUUCAGCAAGAGGGAUUUGCUGCCGAGCCUUAUGCAACCGUUCUUGCUUACGAGUUAUUAUGAGAUUUGCCGGGAGAGGAGGAUGGAUAUUUCCACCAUGUUUCAGUGGGAUUUGGUGUGGGAGCCUGGGAGGGAGCAGUUGGAGAAUAUCAGGAGGCUGUUGGCGAGGGUAGGACGGGAGGGGGGUGGAGGAGGGGCGAAGGAGGAGGAUGUGGAAGGAGAGCAAAGCGAGAGUUUGGGGAGGGAUUCGGGCGUUGGGGUGGAAAGAAACCCCUAGAGCGAUGGACAGGGUAGUAUACAGUGCACGAGAUUGCUAUGGUACAGAGAAGCCUUUGGGGGAUUCUAUUGUGACUAUGAUUUUCGGGCGUUGGUGUGGCUUUUGAAGUUCUUUCAACCGGGGCAUGAUAUAUCUUUUUAUUUUCAUUUUCGUUGACCUCUUGUGCUCCACCUACAGUACUGUACCGGCAUGCUGAACGACCUUACUUUAAUGACGAGAUAUCAUACCUUUUGUAAAUUAAUGUCUAUGGUAAGCAUAAUAUCUCACUCG